GAAACACACAGGCCCGACAGCUCUCUGCUUCCCCCCCUUUGUGUCCACAGAGAAGGCCUGACGGUGUAAUCAGGGAGCGAGGGGAAACGUUAAGGGUUUGGGUUGCUUUGGGGGAUGCCUAAAAGCCUCCACUGACAGCUUGCUAUCUUCUUCCUGCAGGAUUUCCACCCCUUCCCUUCAAAGACCCUGCAGUUUCAUUCACAGAAACCAAGUCAUCCUCUGGAGGUGUUUGGGACCAUGCUCUCCCUCUGGUUGUUUCUGCUCCCAUGCCUGAGUCUUGUGAAUGUGGCGCCGGCUGAAAAAGGUCUGGAGUUCCCACAUUACGAUGGGAAGGACCGUGUUCUCGACAUCGAUGACAAGAACUACAAGAGAGCCCUGAAGAAGUACAGCAUGCUCUGCCUGUUCUACCACCAGCCCGUCGCAGACAGCAAGGAGCUGCAGAAGCAGCACCAGAUGACUGAGCUAGUUCUGGAGCUUGCAGCUCAGGUACUGGAAGAGAAARACAUCGGGUUUGGAAUGGUCGACUCAAAAAAAGAUGCAAAAAUUGCAAAGAAAUUAGACUUGGAGGAGGAAGGCAGUGUAUAUGUCUUCAAGGCUGACAGGGUGAUUGAGUUCGACGGGCUGCUCUCUGCUAACACUCUUGUGGAGUUUUUAUUAGACCUUCUGGAAGAGCCAGUGGAAAUUAUAGAAAAUGCCCUGGAGCUAAAGGCCUUUGACAGGAUGGAGGAGGACAUCCGACUCGUUGGUUACUUUAAAAGCGAAGACUCAGAGUAUUACGAAGCAUUUAAAGAAGCCGCGGAGCACUUUCAGCCCUACAUUAAAUUCUUUGCCACGUUUGAGAAAUCUGUGGCCAAAGAGCUGACUCUGAAGCUGAACGAGGUCGACUUCUACGAGCCUUUCAUGGAGGAACCUGUCACCRUCCCGGGUCGGCCUCAUUCUGAGGAAGAGCUGGUGGAGUUCAUCACUGAACACAGGCGACCAACRCUGCGAAAGCUGCGGGCAGAAGAUAUGUUUGAGACUUGGGAGGAUGACAUUGAGGGCAUCCACAUUGUGGCUUUUGCAGAGGAGGAGGAUCCUGAUGGUUAUGAGUUCUUAGAGAUCUUGAAAGAGGUUGCCCGAGAAAACACUCACCUUCCUGACCUCAGCAUCAUCUGGAUUGAUCCCGAUGACUUCCCACUGCUGAUUCCCUACUGGGAGAAAACCUUCAACGUGGAUCUGUUCAGACCCCAGAUUGGAGUCAUCAACGUUACAGAU